CCGCCGCCCGUGCUGCCCGGGCCCUUUUUCAUGCCGUCCGACCGCUCCACCGAGCGCUGCGAGACCGUGCUGGAGGGCGAGACCAUCUCGUGCUUCGUGGUGGGCGGCGAGAAACGUCUGUGCCUGCCACAGAUUCUCAACUCGGUGCUGCGCGACUUCUCGCUGCAGCAGAUCAACUCAGUGUGCGACGAGCUGCACAUCUACUGCUCGCGCUGUACCGCCGACCAGCUGGAGAUCCUCAAAGUCAUGGGCAUCCUGCCCUUCUCGGCGCCCUCGUGCGGGCUCAUCACCAAGACGGACGCCGAACGCCUGUGCAACGCUCUGCUCUACGGCGGCGCCUACCCGCCGCCCUGCAAGAAGGAGCUGGCCGCCAGCCUGGCGCUGGGCCUGGAGCUCAGCGAGCGCAGCGUCCGCGUGUACCACGAGUGCUUCGGCAAGUGCAAGGGGCUGCUGGUGCCCGAGCUCUACAGCAGCCCGAGUGCCGCCUGCAUCCAGUGCCUCGACUGCCGCCUCAUGUAUCCACCGCACAAGUUUGUGGUGCACUCGCACAAGGCCCUGGAGAACCGGACCUGCCACUGGGGCUUCGACUCUGCCAACUGGCGGGCCUACAUCCUGCUGAGCCAGGACUACACGGGCAAGGAGGAGCAGGCUCGUCUGGGCCGCUGCCUGGACGACGUGAAGGAAAAGUUCGACUACGGCAACAAGUACAAGCGGCGGGUGCCCCGGGUCUCCUCCGAGCCCCCCGCCUCCCUAAGACCCAAAACAGAUGACACCUCUUCCCAGUCCCCUGCGUCUUCUGAGAAGGACAAACAGACCAGCUGGUUGCGGACCUUGGCAGGUUCCUCCAAUAAGAGCCUUGGCUGCGUUCACCCUCGCCAGCGCCUCUCCGCCUUUCGACCCUGGUCCCCUGCAGUUUCGACAAGUGAAAAGGAGUUGUCCCCACACCUCCCUGCCCUGAUUCGAGACAGCUUUUACUCCUACAAGAGCUUUGAGACGGCUGUGGCCCCCAAUGUGGCCCUCGCACCGCCGACCCCGCAGAAGGUUGUAAGCAGCCCGCCAUGUACCACCAUUGUCUCCCGGGCCCCUGAGCCUCUCACUGCGUGCAUCCAGCCGCGGAAGCGGAAGCUGACUGUGGACACCCCAGGAGCCCCAGAGACGCUGGCACCCAUAACCACCCCAGGAGAGGACAAAGACUCAGAGGCUGAGGUUGAAGUUGAAAGCAGAGAGGAAUUCACCUCCUCCUUGUCCUCGCUCUCCUCUCCGUCCUUUACCUCAUCCAGCUCUGCCAAGGACCUGAGCUCCCCAGGCGUGCAUGCCCCGCCCACGGCCGCCCCUGACACUGCAGCCCCUGCUGAUGCCCCAAGCGGGCUGGAGGCAGAGCUGGAGCACUUGCGGCAGGCCCUGGAGGGUGGCCUGGACACCAAGGAAGCCAAAGAGAAGUUUCUGCAUGAAGUGGUCAAGAUGCGCGUGAAGCAGGAGGAGAAGUUGCAUGCGGCCCUACAGGCCAAGCGCAGCCUCCACCAGGAGCUGGAGUUCCUGCGUGUAGCGAAGAAGGAGAAGCUGCGGGAAGCUACAGAGGCCAAGCGCAACCUGAGGAAAGAGAUCGAGCGCCUCCGAGCUGAGAACGAGAAGAAGAUGAAAGAGGCCAAUGAGUCGCGGAUGCGUCUGAAACGGGAGCUGGAGCAGGCACGGCAGGUCCGAGUGUGCGAUAAGGGCUGUGAGGCCGGCCGCCUGCGAGCCAAGUACUCGGCCCAGAUCGAGGACCUGCAGGUAAAGCUGCAGCACGCAGAGGCUGACCGUGAGCAGUUGCGGGCCGACCUGCUGCGGGAGCGGGAGGCCCGAGAGCACCUGGAGAAGGUGGUGAAGGAGUUGCAGGAGCAGCUGUGGCCCCGGCCCCACCCCGAGGCCACGGGCAGUGAGGGCUCUGCAGAGCUGGAGCCCUAGCGGAGCCUGGGUCUGCCGCCACGGCGCUGAUGACAUGGCGCAGAGGGGAGGAUGGUGUGCAGUCAGCACGGCUCUGCACAGCUCUGCACAGCCCUCACGCCCUGCCUGCCCGCGCCUCUGCAGCCCACACAGCACAACGUCUCACUGUGCCUAUUACCAAGCGAGUGUUUGUAACCACAGACUUUUGGAAUCCACUGCAAAAUUUUCUACUGGCCAAGUUCAAGUCACCCCA